AUGACUCCUCCCACUACCUCUAUAGACUGGGACAACCUUGGCUUUGAAUAUCGUGAUCUCAACGACUAUGCAAAGUUUAUCUGGACUGAAGAAAAAGGCUGGAGUAAGCCUACCUUUGAAAAAGAACCUUAUGUAAAGGUUCACAUUUGUGCCACUGGAUUAAACUAUGGACAGCAGUGUUUUGAAGGAUUAAAAGCUUUCCGUGAUCCUCAAGGUCUCGUACGUGUCUUUAGACCUGAGGUUAAUGCUGCCCGUAUGAUCCGUAGUGCAGAUAUGGUUUAUGCACCUGCGGUUCCUAUCGAGCUCUUUGAAGAAAGUAUUCGUUUGACUGUAACAAAGAACCUCGAAUUCGUUCCACCCGGAAGCUCUGGAGGUUCUCUUUAUUUGCGCCCCCUUUUGUUCGGCAGUGGACCUUUUAUUGGUAUGGGCCCAGCCAAGGAAUUUACUUUUAUUGUAUUUGGCAUGCCGGUUGGAAACUACUACAAGGGCAACGCUGUACCCGUUGACUGUUGGGUUAUCGAAGACUUUGACAGAACCGCUCCUUUUGGCACUGGGGCUUGUAAGAUUGGUGGGAACUAUGCGCCUACCUUCAAGCCAAUGAAGGCCGCCAAGGACAAUGGAUUUCCCAUCAUCCUUCACUUGGAUCCCAAGUCUCACACCAUGAUUGACGAAUUCUCGACUUCCAACUUUAUUGCCCUCACUUAUCCUGACCCUAGAACCGGUAAGCAAACUUUGGUUACACCGGACUCCAGCACCGUUCUGCGUUCAGUUACUCGUCUGUCAUUAUGCGAUCUUGCCAAGAAACUCGGCUAUGAUGUUGAAGAGCGCCCGAUAUUGUUUAGUGAGCUUGAGCAAAACAAGUUUGUCGAAGUGGCUGCCUGUGGUACGUCUGCUGUCGUUACACCAAUCAAGAAGAUCGUUCGUGGUGACAGGACUGAGAUUGGAAAGGGAUUUCUCAAGCUCUUCAAUGAAUACCGUGGCAUUCAGAAGGGUGAGAUUAAGGAUACGUUUGGUUGGAUGUGGCCUGCAGAGGGUUUUUAA